CGUCGCGGUCGUAAUGCCUCCGACGUGAAGAAACGACGCCCCAUCAGUGUGGUGCGUCGCGACGAUGUCUCCGCAAGUCCAGUUAAGGUCGUCAGCAUAGAAAAGGCGAGCCGUCAUCAUCGUUAGUUCACCACUCCCGCCCACUGCUACCGAUGCGCCUUCUUCGUGCCGUGUUCCUGCUACUCGCCGCUACCGCAUGGAGUGCGCAGUGCCUUCACCUGCGGGGCACCUUCCGCACGGGACAGUUCUUCACCUUCCUCGCAAAGUUCGGCUUCAAGAAGACCGACCGGCAUGACCACGAAAACACGCUCGGCUACAUCUACGGCAACGUCACAGCGACUUCGGCAAAGAGAGGCGACCUCACGCACCGUGGCACGCUUGUGGUCGCCGACAGGGACAACUUCCUGGCCUUCUACGGCAAUCGGACGCAGGGCUACGCUGACGGCAGCUCGGCGUCAGUCUGCGACCUCAUGUUCGCCGGCAUCAACCGGGUCGCCUUCGACAGCAACUGCAACCCCAACGGCACGCAGGACUUUCUCCGGAACGUACCCUGCGCGACUGGAAAGCUAUGCGAGGACGAGGACAAGCCCAGUCGCGUAGUCGCCGGCCACCAGUUCACCUACACCGUACGCGAUCUUCAUCAAGCUCGGUUUUGGUACGUCAGCAUGGUCUCGUGCUACCGGGAAGGCAAGGGCAAAGACUGCAAGUGGAAAGACUCGGUCGACGAAGACAUUGAGAUAGCGUACGACAUCUGGCUUGUGAAUGGCAACCCGGCCGCCCCCUCGCACAAUGUUUUCGAAUACCAGUUCUCCUUCGAGCAGCAGGGCAGCCUGGAGAGGGUUCUCCUCUUCUUCCUCCUCUACCUGGUCCUGGCAGGACUGCAAGUGUACGCUGUCAUGCGACAGAAGCACCUGGUCACGCGACUCUUCACGGCUGCCCUCACCCUGCAACUCCUCUCGUUCCUGUGGACAAUCACGCACCUCGCAAUCUUUGCCAUGGACGGCGACGGCGUCCCGUCGCUCGGGAUCGUGGGCGACGUCAGCUACAUGCUGUCCCAGUCUCUCUUCAUGCUGCUUCUGCUGCUACUUGCCAAAGGUUGGGCCAUCACACGUACAGAGCUGACAUGGAAGCCAGUACUGUUCUGCAUUUGGCUGGUCUACAGCUGCAUACAGAUCCUGCUCUACGUCUGGAACAUGACGGAAGUGGACGUGAUCGAAGAGAUUGACGAGUACCAAACGUAUCCGGGCUGGAUCUCGCUCUGCUUCCGGCUCGUGGUGACCGCCUGGUUCCUCACGGAGUUGCGGUCGACCAUGAUGGACGAGAACGACCACAGGAAGCUGCGCUUCUACCUCCACUUUGGCGCGGGGCUUCUCUGCUGGUUCGUCUAUCUGCCCGUGGUGGCGCUCAUCGCCCUCCAGGUGUCGGCCCUCUGGAGGCAGAAGUUCAUACUUGGCAUCAGCUCCUGCGCCGACUUCCUGGCGUACGCCAUCAUCACGCAUCUGCUGUGGCCCACGCGGAGUCAGCAGUACUUCCAGCUACAGUCUGAGCUCGAUCCCGGCGACGAGCUCGAGGAGCUCAACGAGGCGCCACACAACCUCCAGGCCAACUGUCGAAAGGUCUAAGAUUCAAACUAAAAGGAGUCAUGCGAGCAUCUUCUGUUAGAGAAACGGAAGCACCCACCGCAGUCGGUAAUGACUCGGCAAGAAGAGGCUACAUCUCUUUUUAAGUGCUUCCCGCUUGCCUGCCGUCGCAAAAAGCCUCCCGACGUGUUUUGACGCUUCUGCUACACGUUGUUUACUAUACGUAGCACCCGCACUUGUUGCAUCGAGUACUUACGUGUACAGGAUUGUUUUUUAAUUCCGGAAAAACUCGUCUCGUUUUUCUUUUUUCGACGGCGCGGAGUCGUUCCGAAGUGGCCGUCGUGGUGCUAGGGUUCCGGUUGCGCACGUUUCUGUUCGCAUCGCUCGUAGAUGGACCUCUUGCGUGUGACCGUGGGAGAUCCGACGAUAACGUCCUUUACAUUAACCAUUAUUGUCGUGUUAUGCCAACGGACACCUUGGCCUAGAUAGGGCUACGUCAGACAAGCCAGAAUCUUGUAGCGUAUUAGACGUAGAGAUGGACGCCAUCGACACGCACUUGUGUGCGACAUUUCCGUGCCACAUGUUAAAGAGAUGACUCGCCCGGCUAGGUGGUCCACAAGACUCUUGAAUGCCACCUGUAAAGACUAGUUUAAUAGAAACGCCACUAUACUUUACGCCUGUGCAGCAAUGCUGAACUAGUCUAGCAAGGAGAAGUGUAUGGUCUAGAAAGGAUGAGUGUGCGGUCUGCCAAGGACGAGUGUAUGGUCUAGCAAGGACAAGUGUACGGUGUCGCAAAUCACGAUGUGCCUAUCUCGUUAAGAUCGGGUUAAGAUUGUUUCGCGCACGAAAUGCUUCUCCGUGAGGACUUCCGCAUUGCUUCGAGUCUCGCUUAGCAGAAAAAAACAAUUGGACUCAUAAUCUCAGCUUGCUCGAAACGUCCUGCCUUUUAAUGUAGAGUUACCCGAAGUAGCCUUUGCGCAGUUUUAAAUUGAAUGGUGGACAAUCGUUUGGACCGUGUUUGCAGCGUCGUGUUUUUUGCAAAGACGUCUUUCCGGUGGCCUGUAUAGGUGCAACGCAGUGUUUAGCGCGACUAGUCAGCAACUUGUAUCAAGGAUGAUGACUGUACCACUAUGGCCGAUUUUUUUCCUGAGAAAGCUGUGAUCUUCUGUUCCUUUUCACUUUUUCCUCUCGUUUCCUGUUUUAUGUCGGAAUGUAUUGAGGGACGCUGAAGUACACUUGUGUUAACAGUGGCAGUGCACCGCCUUUUUCAUACGGUGCCAAGCGCUGCCCCUCCGAGGAGUCUUCGUUUUGAACGCCCCUCCAAUGCUAACUAUAUUGCAACGUUUCAUGCAAUGACUAGCUAUGUUGGAGGCAUGCUUUCUUUUUUGUUUGUUUUUUUUUCUCUCAGUGUAUGUUUUCUGCGAUGCCUUCAACAUCUGAUUUCCUCUUUGCCGUGCUGUCUCCUAUUUUCCUAAAAGCCGCGUUUCUGUUAAUUUUCUUGUUCCAAAGUUCUGACUGAUGAGUGUGUGCCACCAGAGCAUUUAUUACCUGUUUCUCAAUGAUUCUGGUGUCUUGUAACGAUCUGUUGUUGGUUUUAGAAAAGAAAUAAACUGAUGCAAGAAU